CAUCUACUGCACAGGGCAAGGCAGGAACCAUCUGGAGAGGAGACAUGAAGUCUUCUGAACUUAGCAGAGUUUUGGAAUCAUCUGCUUUAUGGCCCUAGCCAAGGGUCCCAUGUAGUCCUGGCUGGUAGCCGAUCGUCUAGAUUGCCUCUAGAAGCAACAAAAAGGCGAAGCCCAACCUGGCCCAUAUUGUCAUAAUGGAGUGGUAGAAAUCAGCGAUCCUUGAGAUCCCUUCCAGCUUUCCCCAACAUGGUUCCCAAAGGACCAAGGAAUCUUGGCUUUCUCAGCAGCUCUUGAUGGGCUCCUUGUAUUUUUUUCAUCAGGUCUUCGGCCAAUAUGUGGCUCUGGGCUCUGCUUCCUGUGCUGCUGGCUGUAGCUGGUAUUGUCGGCUUCUGGGCUGUGUUUGCCAUGGCAGUUGCAAAUGGCUCCGUGAACAUCACAGAAGCAUUUCCAUAUAUCAGCACUUGUGGUGCCUAUCCACCCCAGAGCUGUCUGUUUGGUCAAGUUCUUAACCUAGGAGCAUUUCUAGGUGCGGUGAUCUGCUACCUAAAGUACCAACAGGUGCGAGACUAUGGCUGUCAGUCCCGUUUAAAUCUAGCUGGGCUUAUCACAGGCCUCCUCUGCGCCCUUGGUGCAUCUAUUGUGGGCAACUUCCAGCAAUACAACCAAGUAGAAACCCAUUUAUUUGGGGCCUUCCUCGCUUUUGUGGUCGGCAUUGUUUAUUUCUGGAUCCAGACCUUUCUGACAGAACGAGUGAAGCCAAGACACGGAGGACCGUGGAUUGGGCCUCUUCGGUUUUCCCUCACCUUUUGUGGCUCUGUCUUCCUCAUUGCCGCGGCUGUCCUUUUUUGGUUGAAACUACAUUCUGAGUCAGCGUACUGUGAAUGGGCCUUGGCCAUGGACCUGUUCUUGCUCUUCGGCCUCUUUGCAGUGGAUUUCUGGCACAUAGGAUCCUGCUCAGUCCAUGUGCAUCAUCAACGGGCAGAUCCAGAGACCCGAGAUACACAGGCAUCAACACAGACGCUCUCUCUCUGAUACCUCUGCGAGGGACAAUGGCUCUCUGUGACUCUGUUCGAUACAGAUGGAUUUCCAGGUUGACUUUUUCAAGCGGGAAAGAUCAUUAAAAUCCAGUGACCCUUCCAUGGGCAGGAAGAUAGUUCCAGCUUCCCAUUAGGAUGGAAAAUGAAAUUGGGAAUCCUCGCUGAAAGACUAGCCAUGUCCUCCUGCCAGCCUGGACAUUUUUCUUAGUUGUGAUUCCUCAUUGGACCGAGUUCAUUCUGCAAAGGAGCAGGAAUAAGCCAAAUGUCCUUCAUAAGGUUCAUACAUAUGGAUCCAUUUUUUCCCCUCCAUGUUUUAGCAGUGCCAGGUCCAACAUACUGUGUGUUCUUCCUCUUGUAGGGAAAUAGUCCAAAAUAAUCCUCUGAUUUCACUUCUACACAAAGGACAGAAUUAUUUUACUCUACUGAAAGAAGAAAUAUUCUGUUCCAAGAAUCUCCUCUGCCUUAAAAAGCCCCUUUGAGACUUUGCUCAAAGAAAUGAAAAAAAGGUUCCUUGACUCCUGUCUGCCAAGCUAAGAUUUUAACUAUUUAUCAUGAUAAGCGCCUGCCCGCCCAAUCUCAUUUCUUUUGUGGGAGAAUUAAUAAACUAAAACUCUCAGAUUGCUAUCCUA